AUGAACAUUUUCAAAGCCAGCAUGGCGACCUCAAUGUCGCUCGAUGUCAAACUUCUCUUAUUCUCUGUGCUUCUUCGUCGUGCUAGUUUCGGCUUGACCAACCAGGUUCUCACGCUUUUCCUAGAGGCCGCAGGCAUUUCCAAAACCCGUGUGGGUGUAUUUAUGACGCUCACUUUGGUUGGUGAUACGUUCAUCUCAUAUCUUCUCGCGUGGUACUCUGACGCCAUUGGCCGCAGAAUGGUGAUGAUCAUUGGAUGUGUGUUGAUGUUGGCCUCUGGAGUUGUGUUUGCCUACAGCCUGGAUUUCUGGAUUCUUCUUUGCGCAGCGAUUUUGGGUGUCAUUUCCACUUCGGGCGACGAAACCGGUCCUUUCAAGACAGUCGAAGAGGCUUGUCUUUCCCAUUUGAGUCCUCCGAGGGCCCGAGCACACACAUUCGCCAUCUACGGUUUCUUGGGCACUUUGGGUGCCGCAUUCGGCUCUUCUCUUUGCGGUUUUUUGGUCGAUUUCUGGAACAUCCGCUCAAAAUGGCCCUUGGAGAAGUGUUACCGCGGCAUUUUCAUCGUCUACUCAGUGAUUGCGUUAGCCAAGAUGGUUAUAGCCUUCUGCCUAAGCACAUCUUGUGAGAUUGGCCCCGAUGAGUCCGUAUCGGAAGUUGCUGGGCCUUCUCUGUCUGAGAUUUCCGAGAAUGCGUCUCUCUCCGAAAACUCUGAGGCAAGUGCUUCUGAAAUUCAAGAUAGUGACAUCUCUGAAGAUACUGCUUUACUCUCGAACAAGUCUCUGGCAGCUUUUACGCAAGAAACAAAGCGUAUAUUGCCACGGCUUCUUGUGGUAUUUAUGUUGGAUUCCUUCGGAUAUGGCUUCAUGCCUCCUGCUUGGAUAGUGUACUAUUUUAAAACCAUCUUUCAGGUUUCGGCUUCCGCUUUAGGAACGCUUUUCUUCUUCACCAACUUGGUUGAUUCGGUUUCUUCCAUCGUUUCGGCUUUUACAUUCCACCACCUAGGACCUAUCAAGGCUAUUUUGGCUGCUCAACUCCCUUCAGCACUGUUCUUUAUGGCUGUUCCUUUCUCUUCUUCUUUCAUCGUUUCGGCUGUUUUGUACUUUAUGUUUUGCGCUUGCGCUACCAUGGACGUUGUUCCCAGACAAAUUUUCUUGACUACUGUGAUCCCAAAGAAGGACUUGAUCAGAGUUAUGGGCACUGUUAACAUCGGCAAAACUUUUGCUCGUUGCAUUGGGCCUAUCUUCACAGGAAAAUUGGCGCAACACAAUGCCCUCCAGUAUGGUUUCAUUAUCAAUGGUCUUUGCUUGAUUUUGGCCGAUACUAUCCUAGGAGUCAGCUUCGUACACAUGGAUACGCAAGUGCUCCAGUUGCACGUUGAGUAA